AUGUUUGCCGAGAUCUGGAGCAAGAAAAAGCCCUCAAUCAAUACCAAUUGCGAAGGCCUUCGCUUCUUCACAAAGAUAGAAAUCUCGAAUUCAAACGUCGUUGUCAACCCAAUUUUCCUGCUCAAACCCCAAUCCAAAUCCCCAAAUCCCCACAAUUGCUACCUCAAGCUCUGCCAUCUCUGCGUCAAACCCUUGAAUUUCGACAAAGAAAUAUUCAUGUAUAAGGGCGAUUUGGGAUUUUGCAGUGUGGAGUGCAGAGACAGGCAGAUUUACAUGGACGAGACUCAACAAAUGGAAGCCAACACUAAGAGAAUUCUCUCCACUUUCCGUCAGCGCCACGGCGGUGGCCGCUGUGAGACCGCCAAGCUCUUGGAGGACUUCCGCCGCCCUUUCUCGCCGCCGAGUGAAAGAGUUGUUUUCUCCUAUAGUUAA